AUGUAUAAGCAAAGAAAACAUAUUUGCAACAGUUCGAAUUGCGUCAUAUCAAGUGUAGAAAUGGAAUCGUUAGUUGAUAAUAACGAUUCAAAUGAUUUUGUGCACGACACAUCAAAGCUUCUUAAGCUUCUAGAGUCAGUGAACAAUGUUACAGAUUCAACGACACUCCAGUCAAUGAUCAAUCUCUAUCUAAAAGAUUUAUUAGAGACUCCUUACGUGUUGAUGGUGCCGCUGUUACCGGCAAGCGAAGAAGGAUUAAUUCAAGUUGUCAACGAUCAAGUUUUAGAAAAAGAUUUCAGAUUUUCUGUAAGUAUUGAACUUUAA